AUGGACGAAGAGUCUGAAGAUGCCCAAAACAAUCCUGCAAACGUGAGUAUGUUUUCUGAGGGGAAUGAGUCCCCAAAGAAAGACUCUGAAUCGGACGCGAUCCAGAAUUCCUAUGAAGAUCCUGAGGACAGAGGCUUUGAUGUUAAGGUUCCAUCCCGAAUACAGAAGAAGAAGUCGAAAAAAUCACUGAAAAAGGCAGAUGAGGAUUUUGUUCCAGCACAGAGUGAUUUUAGACCGGAUUUAGACGAUUUUAUAGAUGCAGACUUUGAAGAGAAAACUCAGACCAAGAAGCCUGGUAGAGGCGGUGGAAAGACGUAUUUUGACGAGGUAAUCAAGAGGGUCAAGGACAGAAAGCGACACAACGUAAAGUUAUCUGACGAGGAGUGUCAGUUGCACUGUAGACAACUAGUUGAGAAGAUGAUAUCAGCAGCCUCAGAAGACGUUGAGUCGCUUAAGAAUGGGAAGCCAGGACUUGCCAAGCUUAAGAUGCUCAAUUCACUAUCGGACAUAAAUAAGCCUUCAUGGCGCCAGUGGUGUAUAUCUGAAGGCGUGGCAGUAGCUCUUGCUAGUUGGCUUGCACCACUUUCAGAUGGUUCACUGCCUAAUCUCACUGUUAGGACUAAAGUACUGGAGAUUGCACUUCAGCUUCCUUUCCAGCCCAGUGACCUCAGGGAUAACGACCUCGGAAGAGUAAUCGUAUCACUUUGGAACCAUCCUGACGAAACUGACUCAAAUCGCACUCUAAUCAGAUCAAUUGUUCAGAAAUGGACACGGCCAAUGCUGGGAAUUGCUACUUCCUACUCUGAAUUCCAAGACUCCUUCGUCGACAAUAAACCUAUCGUAACAUCAGAUUCGGUCUAUAAGAACCGAAAAUUCGACACUAAACGGGUUGCUAUUACUCAGGAACGCAUCAAAAGCAAGCUAUCACAAAUGUCCAGAAACAUAGAAUCCAAACAUAAAACACCUGGGAAAGCUACCAGGGUCAAAAUCACAGGCGGAUCGAAAUAA